CUCCAGGGCAUUUUACGUAGAUCUUGCAGUUAGGCUUCCAUUGUUAUCACUCAAUGGUCGUCUGUAUGAAAGUUCCAAGGGUAGCAUUUUACGUAGACAUAGAAAUGGUCCAUGGAUGUGCUGGUUAAGAGCCAGUCUAAUGUAACCUGUAUGAGUCCAGUAUGUCAAGAAUUUUAGACAUAAACAAGCCGGAAGCGCGGAACUGGUUAAAACAAUGGCGGGCAGUCUUCGUCACGAGACAAGCCAUUCUGCCCACUGUCGGUACGGAGGCAACCCAGUUGCAUGGCGACAUAUUGCACAAAACAAAGGUACCAGCAUGCAUUACAUGCUCUUUCAAAGAUGUACAAAACAGACGUGCCAAUAUCAUACUGUUUUUCGGGAGAGUUGGUCAAAGAGCAUGCUUAUGGACAAGCAAGAGGCAUAGAUGCACUAACGUUGAAAAACACAAAAGCAGAAAACUGGGCUCACUCACCAUGGGAGAUCGCCAAGGUGUUCAUGCCACCAGCUGGGUACGAGAACAAAACCACAAUUGAAGAAACGGAUUUCAACGGCAUUGCUGCCUUUAUCAUUAACUGCAAGCGUUUCCGGGGGAAAAUCACAGGCAGUAUCUGUGAAAAGGCUCGAGAAGUGGUCAACCACAUUCGGCACAUGCCGGACAGUUGCUCCAGCGCCCUGACUGACCAGGCCACAACUGAGUGCAUAGAUAAACUACACGCUCUACUGAGUGAGCCAGCACUGCAGACGCGAUCAGAGGUCGUACAGGCUUGUAAACAACUGGAUGAGCUGAAGACAGCCGACAUAUCCAAAGAUGUGCAUACAUGUGAGUAUAUCUGCCAAGAGUUACAUGCUGAAUUCCAACAGAGGCUUGCAGAUAUUGAACUGAAACUACAAACACACAUAAUCGAUAUAGAAAGCGCUAAAGAAUGUAUACACACUGAGAGCAAACAAUUUCAUAAGAAUCUGAAUGCAGUAUCGGCAGCACUAGAACAUUUUUCUGACAAUGCGAUGCACGACUUGUUAAGGACUAAAGACAACAUCCUUCUGUCUAUUAAAGAAGAGAGAAGAAGGAUCAUGGAUCAUAUAACUUUUUUGGAACGAAAGGCUACAGAACACAUCGAACAAUCAGCAACAGAUGGUAAAAGAACAAUUGAGAUAUAUGUUAGGGAAGAGAAACGACAGGCUACAGAACACAUUGAACACUUUGUAACAGAUGGUAAAAGAACGCUUGAAGAUCAGACAGAGAGACUUGUGAAACGGCUUCGUAAAGAAGAAGUCGAACAUUUAGAACAAAAGAAACAUGAUUUAAAGAAAAAGUUGAUCAACCAUUACAAAACAACUUCUGUUAGAAUGAACGUCCGAUUGGACAUCGAUGCAGCUGUAGAAGACAUUUAUGAAAAGCCAAAACUGAUAUUGAAAAACAAGAACAACAAUGAUGGGAAAUUCCAAGAUGAAGAUAUAUCAGAAAUGAAUAAGAUGUUUCAGAUGAACAAUGGCAAGAUGGCUAAAACAAUAUUCGUCGAGGGCGGACCGGGCUCUGGGAAGUCCGUACUUUGCAGAAAAAUUGUAAAUGACUGGUGCAAACUUAAACAAGACAGCACUAAGGAGACACACAGACAGACGAAAUUUUAAGCC